GCCUGAAGGAGUGCUGAGUGAUGAAUAGCUGCUGAAUGCUGAGAUAGGAAGACAAUACCCAAUACCGUACCGCCGGGAGCUAAGACAGUACAUAGGAAUGGAAUGGAAUCGAUUCGAUUCCACUCGACUAUCUGAUCUCUUGGCUUCCCCUGAGCCAAUUCUUUGCAUAGUUUGCUGUUCUGGGCCUUCCAGUAAGCCUACCGGUACAUGAUCUCAACCUUGCAUCCGGAUCCACAUGACAAUGUACUGGUGCCGGUAUGCAGGCGGCUAGAGCCAGAACGCAGAACAGAUAAAAAACAGCCAAGACUGAGUACUUGAAAAGCCCCUAAAGCAGCUCUAAAGCCAUACUUACUUGAUACUUACUUGAGCUCUUGUGUGGAGGAGAAGGAGCUGGAGAAGGCGCUUCCGAAGAAGAGGUCUAGAGCCCCGAAAAGAAGGCCUUGACAUUCUUUCGUGUUCCGCGUUCCGUGGAUUCUUGCUAUGGUACAACUUUAGAUAGGUGAUGUUGUUUUGAAUUGCUAUUGAGGAUUGAGGAAUAGCUGGCCUUGAAUGCAAUCACUUCAUUGUUCGUUCGGCUCACAGGUCUGUAGCAACUUUUUGACAUAGAGCUAUUAUACUCACAAUUCCUGAAAACUGAUCUUUUACAGGAGACCACCAUUUUUCGCUGUAAACCGCCGUACCUAACAUUACUUCUUUCCACUCAAGCAACGAUGAAAUCGACCAACACAUCUCCACCAUCUUUGCAAAGCCUUCUUUCGCACCAGUUUCGAACCAACACCGCCAACCUCAAUGAUGCUUCCAGUCAAGACCGCAUCGGUACGCUCAGGAACACCUUCCUUGCCCUUGAACAAGCCCGUCCAACCCGUCAGACACAUCCUGGUCCUCAUCCUGCAAGGGAUGCAUCUUCUCGAAAGCAGGAGCUUCUUGAUAUCCUCGAUGACGUGCUCCGCAUCCUCGACGAUGACGACCUUGAAGACGACUUUGCGUAACAGACUUACCUGGGAAUGGGAAUCUUUUCUAUCGAUUUCAUCAUGUCCUCUCUGAACACCGAUACAUCAGUCGCAUUCACGUCCACUACAUAGAGAAUAAAUAUUAAUAAAUUCAUUCAUAUUGG